AUGACUAAGGCAAUUGUGGUUUGUUGGUUUCUUGGGCUUGGAGUUACCCUCUCAUGGAAUAGCAUCCUCACAAUUGGAGACUACUACUAUCAGUUGUACCCGUAUUACCACCCAGCAAGGGCACUUCCACUAGUUUUUCAGCCAUUUGCGCUCGGGACAUUGGCCAUCCUAGCGUACAACGAGGCGAAAAUCGACACGAGAAAGAGAAAUUUGUUCGGUUACAUACUUUUCACACUAAGCAUAUUCGGGCUACUCCUGAUAGACUUAGUGUCGUCCGGUAAAGGAGGGCUUGGGACUUUUAUUGGCGUGUGCAUUUGUGUGGCUGGUUUUGGUAUUUCAACUGCCCAUGUUGAAGGUGGUGUGGUCGGUGAAUUAUCUUUCAUGUGUCCUCAAUUUGUGCAGUCAUUUUUUGCGGGAGUCGCUGCAUCAGGAACUCUUACUUCUUGCUUGAGGCUUAUAACUAAAGCGGCUUUUGAUAAAACUCACAAUGGUCUUCGCAAGGGUGUUAUGUUGUUUCUAGCCAUCACUACUCUUUUUGAGCUGUUGUGUAUUUUGCUUUAUGGGUACGCAUUCAACAACUUGCCAAUUGUGAGGUACUUUCACAAGAAGGCGGUUUCAGAAGGGUCCAAAACGGUCCGGUCUACCCAAAUUGAACCGGUGGAUGAUCCUAAUUACGAAAGGCUAAGCAACAAGCAAUUGCUACACGAGAAUAUUGAUUAUGCCUUAGACUUGUGGCUGAUAUAUGCAGUCACAUUGUCUAUUUUUCCUGGAUUUUUGUAUGAGAACACUGGUGUGCACCAAUUGAGGUCAUGGUACACUGUUGUCCUAGUAGCCAUGUUCAACAUAUGGGAUCUCAUAUCAAGAUACAUCCCUCUUGCAGACUUCAUCAAAUUAGAAUCUCGAAAAGCCCUAUUUAUGGCGUCGUUAUUGAGAGUUUUGUUCGUCCCGUGUUUCUAUUUCACAGCGAAAUACGGAGACCAAGGGUGGAUGAUAACAUUGGUUUCCCUUUUAGGACUAACUAAUGGCUAUCUCACAGUAUGUGUACUUACAGUGGCUCCCAAAGGAUACAAAGCACCGGAGCAGAAUGCAUUGGGAAAUUUGCUGGUCGCGUUUCUCGUUGGAGGUGUGUUUACGGGCGUUUGUCUAAGCUGGUUGUGGAUUAUUGGCCAUGGAAAAUUCUAA